AUGUCUUCCGCUCAGCAAGCACACUCAGACGCGGCUGGGUCGUAUUCUCCCAGCCCAGGAUCUAGAGAGCAACAGCAACAACAACAGCAACAGCAACAACAACAGCAACAGCAGUCGGCACCAUCAUGGAGCGAUGGCUCGUCAUGUCCUGUGCCACACGCCAAGUCGCAACCAUUGCCUCCUGGCCAUCCUCCUGUGCCUGACGCACCAGCAUCUACAUUGUUUCCUCCUACAGACUCACGAUGUAUCUUCUUCCGGUCGCCAGAGGAUUUGGCACAAACACCGCCACUCUCUCGCUCAGCUUCGUCAACGAUGCUCUCAUCCACAACAACGCUGCCAUCAUUACACGAGCUUGCUGUGACGCACAGUGCAUCCGCAUACGAGUUUGACCGCGCUCAGAAGCUCGAUCAGCAACGCAAAGAGGCCAACAUCAAUCCGUUACCCAUUGACCGCGAAGGUCAGCUUGGACUCGAUCCAUCUUGCACACUCGUCCUUGCCAGUCGAAAUAGUCAGCUUGCUCUCGUUCAGAGCUCACAUGUCAGCGCCAUGCUCGAAGCUCGUUACGGUCGAUCAUCACCGCUCUUCCGAUCGCAGGUCGAGCAAGCCACUAGUGCGCUCGAAGCCGGCAGCAGUAGCAGCAGCCGUAGUAGCCGUGACCUAUCCUCGCCACGACAGUCUCCAUCGACAGCAACCACACGCCUGCAAAAGGUGGCAGACGAGCAUUCAGAGGACGAUGUUGCAUUUCUUCGCAACUUGCUUGAGCGCUUCCACGUCGCACCACAAACACCGCUUCACCCACAUGCUUUUCCCAUUACAUCCAUGUCUACCGCUGGUGAUCAAAAUUUGCGUUCCCCGCUUUACGUCAUCGGUGGAGAGGGCAAGGCUAUCUGGACCAAGGAGCUCGAAGUCGCUCUCGAACAGGGCGCGGUCGAUGCUAUCGUCCACUGUCUCAAGGAUGUCCCCACUGCUUUACCAAAGGGUCUUGAACUGGCAGCUGUCCUCGAGCGAGAGGAUCCACGCGACGCCCUUGUGGUCAAGGCGGGUCUACCGUACAAGGUGCUCGACGAGCUGCCUGUGGGCUCCGUCAUCGGUACCUCCUCCGUACGUCGUGUUGCUCAACUUCGCCGAAGAUACCCUCACCUCGUGUUCAGCGAUGUUCGCGGCAACAUCAACACCCGUCUCGCCAAACUCGACGCCCCCAACGGUCCGUACACAGCUUUGAUCCUCGCUGCUGCUGGACUGGUCCGUCUCAACUUCCACUCUCGUAUCACUGCUUUCCUCAGCUCGCCUGUCCUGCUCCACUCGGUCGGGCAGGGAUCGCUCGCAAUCGAGGUCCGCACACCACCUGAAGGUGCCGAUCCCACCACCAAUCGAGAUGCUCGCAUUCGCGAUCUCGUCCGAUCCAUCGGUGAUUGGCGUGCCACGUUCCGUGCUGAAGCGGAGCGUGCGCUGUUGAAGGAGCUCGAGGGUGGUUGUUCCAUCCCCGUCGGCGUCGAAACACGCUUCGAAGAUCACGACCAAGUUGAGGGUCAGCGCAGCGAGGCCAUCGCUCUUGUAGAUGACUUUGUCACGAAUGGGGAUGCUGGCGCCAAGGCUGAAUUGCCAAACAGCGGCAUUCCACUUGUCAAGGAUGGUCAUACCAUUCCUGCUUGUCAGCUCUCGACAUCAGAGGAAGAAAAGAUGCCGUCUACGCCUCAACGUCCAACGCUCGAGUCGCUCGCCACUGGCGUCCAGGAGAUGGAAGCCGCUAAAGCACAGGCCAAGUCCACAGACGCCAGCAAUGCCGCCACCAUUGCCGACAAGAUCGUCUCGACAUCGUACAGCAUCGUUGAUCGCUCCACACCUGCUUCGGAGGGUCGCAUGCUCCACCUCGACGCCAUCGUUGUUUCACUUGAUGGCAGCCAGGAAUCGCGCUACUCUGCUUCCAAGCAUUGCAAGACGGCCGAAGAUGCGCGCGAGCUGGGUGUUCACCUGGCCAACGAGCUGGCGAAUAAGAGAGGUGCUCGCGCCAUCCUCGAAGAGGUCGAGAGACACCGCAAGAUGGCAGAAGAGGCUGACCGACGUAGAAGAGAGGAGGCACGGAAACGUAAAGCACUAGGAUUACCAGGCGGCUUGACCAACGCCAUCACUGUCACGAACGGUGUGGCCGGUGCGGCAGAAUCUGGCGAUCUCAAUGCCCUCAAGAAGUCAAGAGAUGGCUGGAUGCGUGGUCAAGCCGAGAUCAGUCUCAACGCGGAGCUGGUGAAGUUGCGCAAUACACAUGCGACAGGUACAGGUGGUGCAGCCGAUGCAUCCUGCGAUCCACUGGAGAUGGAUCGUCGUGGUGUUCCGCGUGACGAUGGACAGCCUAAGGCUUGGGAGGUGUGA